AUAACAGCUCAUUCAUUUCGUUCGCGCUCGCCCGCCCCGCCGCCGGCAAAAGCAAAGUCACACCACCGACACCGAGGCAGCCUAGCCACACUUCACGCACGCCAACGUCCACGGUCACACGCUCGCAGCAUCCAGAGACAAAGGCGAGACGUGCUCUCAGUUGCGACCAGAGUAGAGACGUCGCGCGCGCCGGGGCUGUCGCCGUGGAGGUGUGGAGCUGAGCAGAGCUAGCUAGUCAUCGAUGGGGUUUAACCUGCUGGUGGCGUUCGCGGCGGCGAGGGGCUUCGUGCAGGUGUUCCACCUGUCGGCGCCGUCGCAGUCGCCGCUCAACCUCUGGCUGCCGCUCGCCCGCCACCUGCCCGAGGCCUGCGCUGCCCUCUGCGGCGUGCUCGCCGCCCAAGUCGCGUGGCUGCGCCGCGCCUAUGCGCGCGGUGGCACCGUCUGGAGCCGCCGCAGCCGCGACGACGUCGACGUCCUCCGCCAGGCGCUGCUCGACGUCUCCUACUGAUCAUUCGACAUGCAGCAGAGCGCCGCGCGGCAGUGUCGCUCUCGCUCGCCGCUUCCAGUGCUGUGGCUUACGAGUUAGGACGUUGUGUUUCUCGUUUGUUCUAUUGGUUCCUUGCUCAUUUAUCUUUCCCGGGAGUUGCGUGAUCUGUAGUUGUAAAACUGAAUCUGUAAACACCGCUCACAAACUCCCUCCCCAGUCCCGCGUUAUCCCCAGACCUUUCUUCUCCUCUCCAGUGCUACUGUAGGAGGCGAUAAGGGAGGCGAAAGGAGGGCGACCGGCGUCGCUCCGGUCGUUGAGGCCGUCGGGCCGCUCCUUCUCCGGUGCCCCUCGGGGCCUUGGAGAUGCAGCGGACCAUGGUUCUCCCCCGGCCGGUGGCUGUACUGUCCCUGCGCUAUGUAGGCUAGUUCUCCGGCCAAGUUCGCUAUCACGGCACCGGCGGGCUUGGGUAGGAAGAAGGUCCCGCCGACUGCGGUGCCGUUGCAGCGGCGAGUUCUCAGGCGUCGUUGUGGAGUCUGUGAGGGGGAGGUGUACAGGAGUUGCGCUUUUGAAGCGCCGCUCGUCUGCGGCUGCCAUGCGUGGCGUGGCAAAGCUGUGGGCGGGCGCGAAGGCGAGCAGCUGCGGCAGUCAUCGGUACGGGGCAGUGGCGCGUGGAUCUGGCCGUCUCGGUGUGGACAGAGUGGUCAAAUCCCCAGAUCUGAGCCGAUGCAAGCUCGUAGAGCUCCUCAUGGAGGGAGGUUGCCUCCGGCCGCCGGAUCCUUACCGGAUUUCAUCCUAGUCUUUAGGCUGGGAUGCUAUUGCGGCUCAAUAAAGCCAGAGGGCGAGGGGCUUCAUCGGCUCUGGUUUUCAUGCUCUGCGUCGGUGGUUUUUCUCCAGCAGUUUCGACGGCGGAAGACACUGGCGCUGAGCAUCUUCGGCUUGUACGAAGAAGACGAUGGACCAACUUGUUAUUUUGUUCCUUUUUGAGUUAAAAUACCCUGGAGGUUCCUCAACUUGUCUUGAGCGAUCAGUUUAGUGACUAAAGUUGUAAAAUACAUAAAACUGGUGCUCGAA